AUGUUCCAUUGUUCAUUUUUUUCUGCCCUGAUAUUUACAGGUAUUGUUAUUGCUUUAAAAGAGGGAGAAGCUGGCGGGAAAUUUACUUGUUAUGUCGCGCCUGAAAGUACGCUGAUAUACAAGACACAAGUCGACAAAGCAUGUUAUUCAAGAUACCAACAGAAUUACAAUUCCCCACUACCAUUUUACUGGUUCGUCAUUCUCAGUAUUUGGUUCCCGAUUAUUGUCGCUGUUAUCUAUUCACUCUGCGUCCGACGUCGUGUUGAGGAAAUCGACUUAAUUAAUGAAACACAAACUGAAGGCGAAUUCGAAGCAGAGAACCAGGAACAGAAUAGAACUUUGUAUGUUUAUUAUUUCUAUCUUUUCCACCUUGUUAUCCGAGUUUUAUCUGGAAUACUGUUUACUAUUCUACAGUAUGCUGUGUUUUUUCCAAGUGGUUUCGCUUUCAAGUUUAGCUGUAAACCACCGGCAGGUUUUCCGACGAAGAUAGCAAAGAACGUGAGUGACAGUCAAUUUAAUAGCACAUCUAUUGCAUGUGAAAAUGCAAAUGCAUCUGACAAACACAUAUCGUGGAUCAUCGUAUCUGUAUUAAACACGGGUUUUGCAUUAACAAUACUUGUGGAAAUUAUUCGUCGUUGCCGACGAUUUCCAAACUGCAAGUAUACAGCUGAUUGGCGUUGUAAUACCGAGUUCGGUACGGUUUAUCUGUUGCGAAAGCAAAAUACGCGUGUUGAUAUUGAACUGAAAAACUGUAUAGAUUUUUACAAAAGACAAGUUUUGCACCCUUCGCGUACAACUGACGUAAUUUAUGGACCAAAAACUGGUUUACAUAAUUUAUAUAUUAACCUUGUUAUUAAUACUGAACGAGCUAAGCACAAAUUUUCAAAAAACAUGGAGCGGCAUGAAAUGUUCGAUGUUUAUAUGGAAGUCCCUCUGAACUCUAUACGUCUAAAAGAAGCAAAAGAUUUAUUUUAUCCAAAUCAAGAUACAAACGGCAACUUCCCUCGCAAGAUUCUGGCGGUUGGUCGUCCCGGUAUAGGCAAAACUGUCUUGACUGAAAAAAUCAUGCGUGAUUGGGCUAAUGAAGUUGACGAAUUUUAUCAUGGCAAAAUUGCCUUCUACUUUAAAUUUAGAUGGUUCAAUUCAAGCGAACUGAAAGACAUAACUCUUAAGACCUUUCUUCGUUAUGGAACAGAACUGACUGGUGCAAAGUUUGAAAGAAUUUAUGAAGAUAUAACAAAAGAGUCUGAAAAAGCGAUUCUCACUUUUGAUGGUUUUGAUGAAUUUAAUGGAAACGUCAACUGCUUAAACGACGUACCGCCACCAAACGAUCCUAAUGUUUGCAUGUCUGGGAUUUCAUUGUUUAUUAAACUCAUUUCUGGUCGUUUAUUGCCAGAGGCAACGGUUCUGGUAACGAGCAGGCCUACUGCAAAUGAGUUUUACUCUAGGUUUACUUUUGAUAGAACUGUUGAGAUUAUUGGUUUUACUUCAGAUAAAAUUGAACAGUAUGUGGGCAAAUUUUGUGAUAACCAUAAGAGAAGUGAUUUAAAACCAAGGGUAUGGGACCACAUAAAAUCCUCGUCAGACUUGUUAAAUCUAUGUUACAUUCCUGUAAAUUCCUUCAUCGUGUCUACAGUCCUGUUUGAAAGUUUUAGUGAUCCUAAAAAUGGGACCGGUGCUCUACCAACAACAUUGACUGAACUUUAUAAGGCAGCUAUAGACCAUUUUAAUAAGCAUCACGACAGAAAAUUUCACGGACAGUCUUCUAAAGAAGCAAUCGAGAAACUUCAAUUAUUGGCAUACAAUGGAAUUGAAUCUAAGCAACUGCUUUUCAAUGACGAACUAUUUGAUGAACAAAUGAAAAAGUCGGGUUUAUUGAACAGUUUAUCUAACCCUUAUUCUCAAGUUCAAACAAAAAUUUGUUUCAUUCAUCUAACUAUACAAGAAUUUCUUGCUGCAAGGCACGUGAUUGAAACGUUUUCUCCUGAAGAAAUAAAGGAGUUCAUCACUGCUCAUAUUGAAAGUGGUAAAUGGCAUUUAGUGCUUCAGUUCGUUGGUGGUCUUCUGGGCAAGAAGAACUGCUGCAAGGAUUGUGUUUUGGCGUUCACAGAAAGCGUUAUUAUUGCCCAGGAUGGUACACUUGAUCUUACAGAUAAUUGUUUAGUACUGUUUGUAUUGAAAUGUUUAAGAGAAGUGGAUGAUGAAGACAUUGUUAAAGAAGCUUGUGAAACCACUGCAAUUAAUGAUGUCGUAAGUCUAACAAACACUGGCAUGGGAGGAUUAUACUUGACCUCAAGUGACUGGGCAGCAGUGACUUUUGUUUGCAAACACAUGAAGAAAUUAACGAGAUUAGAUUUGUGCUUAUAUAACUCGAAUGAAGAAUGUUAUCUGGAAGUUAAUAAAUUGCUGCAACAAAGAUGUGUGAAACAACUGGUGUUGGUUGGCUCAUUCACUGUUGCUGUUGAAAUGGAACAUCUAUGUAAAACAUUAAUGGAAUCAAAAUGUGCAUUGAAGCACGAACACAGAAAACUUGCCGAGUUGGAUAUUCGACAUUUAUACGAAACUGAGAAACGUUGUAUGUCGACCAUGCACGAGUUUUUAAAAAAUGGACAUGGCAGUUCUCUCGAGAAAUUAUCCCUACGUGGAUACGGAAGAACGUCUUUGGGGAGAUCCAUACUUUGUGAAGUCCUGGACAAUAAACUAUGUCCUGAACUUACAUAUCUGGAUUUUAGUGGCAAUAGUAUUCUUGAUGAGGGUGUAAGGGCGUUGUGUAAUGUUCUUAUUAAACAGAAGCAGAUUAAGCUUACUCAGCUGUUCCUUGAUAGUUGUUUACUAACUGAUGAAAGUAUACCUUCCGUGUGUCAGCUACUUACAGACAAACGUUGCAACCUGACUGACUUGUCACUCGGAGAUAACGAAGGUGUAAGUGAUGAAGGAUUACGUACAUUGUGUGAAUGUGCUUUAGCAAAUAAGCAUUGUAAACUUACGAAGUUGAGCUUGUUUAAGUGUUCAUUAACAGAUGAAUGUAUGCCGGAAUUAUCUCGGGUAUUGCAAAAUAAACAUUGCAACCUGUCCAUUUUGUCAAUGAAAGGUAAUAGGGGUAUAAGUGACAAAGGUCUACGUAUGCUAUGUGAAUGUGCCUUAACAAAAGAGCAUUGUAAGCUGGCUGAGUUAUACCUUGAUGGGUGUUCAUUAACAGAUGAUUGUACACCCGUGCUAUGUAAGGCAUUGCAAGAUGAAAACUACGUGCUUGAUAAAUUUUGGGUGGAUGGAAUCUUAACAUACAAACAUUGUACAGCUACAGGUUUGAAAGUUUGGUACUAAUCAGGGGCAGGCUGAUAGCUAGCUUUUUGGGUCUUGGAUAUAACAUCUGAGUGUAAUUGCGUCGCCGGGGUUAGGGGAGGGAGAUCACAAGUUUCAACUCGAAAGAUUUUUCGCUAAUAGUAAUUCCGACCUUCAAAUAUAAACAACAUUUGUAAAUAAACUGUGAAUAAAAUAAAAUAAAUCGUAAAAUUUUGUGAUGAUUGAAAUUAAAUACGCUAUCAAUGUAAAGAGGGCUUUGUUCGUAGCUAACUUAACCAUGAUAAAGAUCCAUAUAAGGACCAUUCCUUUUUCAUGAAAUGUCACUUCAGGAGGAAACCUUAAAGGGGAACUCCAGUCCAAAUACAAGUGUGGUUUAUAUGAAAGAUAUUCCCCUUAUUAGAAUGUUCCUCAAGUAUUUCGGUCUAAAUAUUAAUAGUAAAGGAGAAAUUGCUUGUCAAAGUUUGCGAUUUUGUCAAAUUUGGGCGCCAUGUUGUUCUUUUCACUGCAGACUCGGAUUUGUCCAGCACCCUCAUUUUUGACGUCAUUGCGUGCUUCGAAGGUGUUGUUCAUAUAGAAAACUAUGGCUUUGUAUGGCGAUUUAAUAAGAAUAUCGCUUAUUUCUCUGCUUCUAAUUCUUUAAUUAAUGUGAGUUUAGACCGAUUUAACAGAGAUAUUUUACAGACGGAGAUAUUUUACAUUGCCGAGCUUCUAGCUGAAGUGAAUCAAGAGUUGCCAGGUCAUGUUCAUGUUGGUGUACGGAAAGCUUGCGCAGAAUUAAAUAAUUAUAUGUUGCGGUUGUUGCCCUGUGUGGAUCUGGCUCUUGUUGGACUCUCGGAUCCAAUUUGCCUGAAUAUCGAUGCUGCGUUUGCGUUCAGCAACGAUUUAUCGGUUGAUGAGACUUCUGUUUAG